AUGCUUGGAAAGGCCCUGGUCCAUGUGCUACCACUGGCAAAGGUAGAGGAUCCCUUACUCCCUGGAGCAGCUGCUGCCCCUCAAGGGGAACUCUACAGCCCUGAAGCAGCCCGGCAGCUUUUCAGAUGCUUUCAGUACCAGGUCCUUUCUGGGCCCCAAGAAACUCUGAGGCAACUUUGCAAGCUCUGUUUCCAGUGGCUGCAGCCAGAGGUUCUUAGCAAAGAGCAGAUUCUGGAGCUCCUCAUGUUGGAGCAGUUCCUGAGCAUCCUGCCUGGGGAGAUCCAGAUGUGGGUGCGCACACAGUGUUCCCGCAGUGGAGAGGAGGCCGUGAUGCUGGUGGAGAGCUUGAAGGGAGAACCCCAAAGACUGUGGCAAUGGAUAAGCAGUCAGGUUCUGGGACAGGAAAUCUCACCUGAGGAGGUGGAAUCUGCAAGCUGCCAAGUGACAGAGGAAGAGACCAGUUUUGAUGUGGUGUCUGAGGAGCUGGGACUUCACAAUUCAGCCUUAGGGUCCGAGGAGCAACUGAGCCACAUCAUCAAAGAGGAAGCAGACACUGAGCUGGAAUUAGUGAUUACUGCUCCCCAGUAUCUUGCCCUACUGGAGGAAAGGCUCAUCAGCGACCAGGACUCAGGAGGCCCACUUCUCCAAGCAUCAUCUCGGGAGACAGACAAGCAAAUGUCCAAGAGAACCUCAGCUUGGAAACCUGAAGAGGAAGCCGGCCUCGGUGCGGCCAGCGCGCGCACGAAGACCGAGACCAUGAACGGCGACCGGACCGAGAGCGAUUGGCAGGGGCUGGUGAGCGAGGGAGGCGCGGGGGGCGCGCAGCCGGCUGAACUGUCGCCGCGCCGCCACCGCGCCGCCCACCAGGUGCGCGCCGCUCCCCGCACGCCGGCCUCUCCCGGUGCCACUCUCUCCCGCGCCAUCUGGUGCCCGUCUUGGGGAGGGGCCUUCCCUCCGGGUCCUUGCGGCCCUGGAUUGGAGAGAGGCUACGGGAUCCGGGAGUGGAGGCGCCAAGCCCCACCCGCCUGCAUCCUGGUGGCCUCGUCCAGGAGCUGA